AUGAUGCUAAAAGGCAACCUAAACCAUUUCUCCAUCCCGCCUUCUAAUCCUGUUAACCCUCACUCUCCAGUGAUGUUCCCUGCCAUUAAACCUCUGCUCAAACUGUGUGGGGUCUACACAUUCACCAGCAGUGUCGUCAACUUCUACAGAGAGAUAGCUGAACGUAUCAUUGUACAGCGGAGACGGCUGCCUGAUGAAGUUUGUCUCUUCUUCGGUGCUGGCUUCGAGGCAGUCUCCACGUCCCUCCAGUUCAUGGCCUAUGUCCUGGCUACUCAUCCCACUGUUCAGAGGAAACUUGUGGAGGCAAUCGACUCAGAGAUUGGUGAUGAGGAGCCGACCUAUGACAACAUACAGAAGAUAGAGUAUCUUGAACACUUCAUCCGGGAAACGCUCCGCCUCUACCCUUCAGUACCCCUGAUAGCCAGGGGAACUGCAAACACGGUGGAAAUCAAGGGCUACACUUUCCCUAAAGGUUCCGUGGUUGUAGUCCCAACCCUGGAGAUUCACAGAGACCCAGAAUAUUUUGAUCGUCCAGAUUCGUUUAAUCCUGAUCGAUGGAAAGAGACUAUUAAUCCUCUGUCGUGGCUUCCUUUUGGCUACGGUCCACGCCAGUGUAUCGCAAUGAGACUGGCCAUGAUUGAGAUGAAGAUUGCGCUGAUCCAUGUCCUUAGAAGGGUGAAGUUUGCCAGACUGCCUGACACUCCUGCAGUGAUUGAAUUCAACCCACAAGCUUAUGGUCGGCUGGCUCCAAAGGAGGAAAUCAGACUUAAGAUUGAACCCCGGAGAGGUCGCAUGAAUAACGCCAGUGUCUCGUGCAGCUCACUGAACAGUUAA